AUGGGGAAUGUGCAUUCGUCGUCAAGCUCGUCAGAUGUGCUCCCAGUUGAAUAUUACUUGAAUGAUCUGGCCUGCGGAGAACCCAUAGAAAGCCUUGGAAGUACCAGAUUCAUGAAAGUGGCUCGAGGUCGUAACAGCGAAGGGACUUGUGUAUGGAAGGUAUUUCUUACUCAGGAGGACUCAUCAGUUUACGAGCCUUAUCGGAAGGAGCUCUUUCGUAUUCGAGAUGCACUUGUGAACGCGCCCAACUGUUGUACUGUGAAAAGAAUUUACGAUAACCCAUCAUCAUUCACAUUUUUCUUUGACACUAGUCGCCAUCAACACUGCUACUUAGCACCGGAACGCUUCCUUUCGUCUGUGGAAUACGAACUUAUCCACAAAGAAAAAGGAGACGAAUGGCUUUUUGGCUCACUCCAGCCGUCGAUGGAUCUCUUCGCUGUUGGAUGUGUCGUAUAUGAACUGUUACAUGAUUCUGGCAAGCCUCCAUUCUCUUAUGGAGAGCUUUGCCAUUAUCAGCGAAUGUCCAGCAGUGACGCGGCGUCAUUCUUGGAGAGAUUACUGCAGGAUAUUGCCUCACAGUUUCGCCCACUGCUGAAAUUACUAUUAAAUCGCGACCCUUCACUGCGGGUUUCUGCUCAACAAGUGUUAGAUGGAUCGGUUCUUCAUUUUCCGAAAGUUCUCGAUGCUUUCUUCAGCUAUUUGAAUGCGUUCCGUCCCAAGGAAAUAACAACAUCACAGUCAUUGGAAGGCUUUGAGCAGUCACAGAUGACAUUCCAUCUUGAGCCCGAUGACGUCAUUGCAAAGCUUAAACGCGAUGAGAAAUCCAUAUGGGAGCGUCUCACUGAAUGCGAGGAAAACAAACCAUAUGCCAUACUCUUCAUAUCGCUCAUUACUGCGAACAUACGUGUGUUGCGCAGUGAUGCCAUGAAUUUACUGGUAAAGUUGGCGUCGCUAUGUGGUCCAGUGGUAUCGACAGAGCGAGUGCUGCCAUAUUUGGUUUGCUGCUUGUCUGAGGUAGACGCUCAAGUGCGAGCUUCGGCGGUGUACUCAAUAACGGAACUUUUACGGCCAAUCGAACCGGCGACAUUCGAAGAUUCACUGGUUUUUAUCGAUUAUCUGCUUCCAGAACUGUCAUCGAUGUUGGGUGAUAAAAGGCAUCCUUGCCCGACUCAUGUCCUUCUAGCUGUGGCGAAAAACUUGGGGGACAUUGCAGAAACAGCUUACAGAUUCCAUGAGGUUGGACGGAAUUUGCGUAACGGUGUUGCCGAUGAUGAAAUUUCAGGGGCUGAAAACAUAUCAGAGGCACAGCAAGCGGCUGAUGAGAAGACUGCUCUUCAAAAGGCGCUCAGUGACCUCUUUGAGAUGUUAUGCAGUAGUCAAGACAAUAGUGUUCGCCACUGUGCAGUGAAUCGAGACUCCUUAGCGAAGUUAUACACCUUUUUUAGUAGAAUGAACUGUGGUGAGAUACUGUUACGUCAUAUGAUCACGUUCUUGAAUGUCAAAAGUGACUGGCGAUUACGCGCAGUAUUUUUCGAGUCACUGCCGAUAUGUGUGCAGAAGAACAGCUUCGAUGUGAAACCACUGCUACAGCAGGGUUUGCAUGAUUUUGAAGAGCUGGUGGUGAUAUAUGCGAUACACUGCAUUAUUGUUCUUGUGGAAGCAAAAGUAUUGGGAAGAAACGAAGUUCUCGAGCUCUUGGAAGACACGCUGCCGUUUUUAUCACAUCCAAAUGAUAUGGAUCGAGUGAAGUCGUGGAGCUGUGAUUGUCUCGAUCUCUUGGUCGCUGGGCCGAUGUACACUGUCGCCUGCUACAUGGGUUCGGCGGCGUAUACAGGACUCUUUCUUUGUACGGCUUCAUAUAAUAAGGUGAUCGCUCCAGCGGACAUGAAUAGCGAAUGGAACGAAAUGUUCGGGGAUACGGAACAGAUUAGUGAUGAAAAAUCGCUAGAAGAACGCAAUGCCGCACAUCUUUUGAUGCAGACUCGAUCAAUGCGAACAUCGGUGUGCGGAGCACAGCUAGCUGAAUUACUGCAGCAUAAGAACGAAUUGUUUUACAAGAAGUUCGGUGCUGGAGGAGGUCAGAGAAGAUUGGCUGUGCAACCAGACCGGACUCGGAUUCGCUGGGUCAAGGCAGGAUUCUUGAUGGGUCACGUUUUACUGUGGAAUUCGCGAAACGUUGUUGGAGAUGGCCCUGCGCCAUCUGUUAGAUCAGAUGCCUCGUUCUUGUAUAACAAAAACUACCCAGUUUCGUCGAUUGGCUGGGCUAGCAACGAAAUCAUCGCGGCAGCUAUCGGCGACGGUCACGUUCUUUGGGUCGAUUGCGCAGCUAGCGAACCACGAAUCCUUACGAAGGUAACGUCACAUUGUCGACUCAUAUCAUGGAUGAAACUGAGAUGGUAA